ACACACGUGUCCGUUGUGUGUACGUGUGAAGAUGCGAAGUAGCAAGAUAUGAAAGUCUCUGGUUGGGUUGCGUGUAGUAAACAAAUAGAGACUGAGGGAAUAUUUUUGCGAAUAUAACAAUGGAAUUUAUGUACAGAAUACCUUUUUAUGUCUUAGAAGUUCCUAACUUAAAAAUAAAACGACCAUCAUGGUUUCAUCAACCUUCUGCUAUGGUUAUGUUUUCUCUUGUGCUGGUGUCAUAUUUUCUGGUAACCGGAGGUAUUAUUUAUGACGUAAUUGUUGAACCGCCAAGUGUUGGGUCGACAACAGAUGAACAUGGUCAUUCGAGACCGGUUGCCUUCAUGCCGUACCGUGUAAAUGGACAGUACAUAAUGGAAGGAUUAGCAUCCAGUUUUCUUUUUACAAUGGGUGGACUGGGAUUUGUUGUGUUAGACCAUACGCACAGUCCUUCUACGCCAAAGCUCAAUCGGAUACUUCUAAUAUCUGUUGGAUUCUUGUGCAUUCUUGUGUCAUUCUUCACAUGUUGGAUAUUUAUGCGCAUGAAGUUGCCGGGAUACCUGCAAUCAUAAAGAACAUAAAAAAUAUUUUUGAAGAUAAAUGAAUUGUGCAUUUUACAAAACUGGUGAUUUUGUAUGGCAAUCAUUUUCUAUGUGGAUUUAUAAAGAGAACGCAUUAAAACAUGUUUAAUAGUAAACUAAAAGGAAGAACUUGUAUGAAUUAUUAUUGGCAUGGAUUUUUUCAGCAUGUGCCAUUUAACUGAUUAUAUUAUCACUUACCUGGGAAGGAAAAUACCUGUUAAGUUACUAAGGUAUACAAAUGCCGUAACAGCGAUCAUGAAUAAUGUACAUAAACGUGGAAGUAUAAGGUGAAUCAUAUAUCAGUCUGACUUGAAAAUAAUGAGUUUAAGUGUGGCAUGAACACAUUUCACAAAUGAGUGGUGUAUUUGUGAUAUUAAAAAUUAGACUAAUUGUGUCUGAAA